CCCCUCUAUAGCUAGGGAAACUUCUGGGUGAAUUAGUGUCGAAAACCAAUUGACCAACUGUCACCAGCACAGAUCUUCGAGAAGCCAUGGCGAAGUCAAUCGACCGCAUCACGCUGUUCAAAGUUGCAGAGGAGGACAUUGAUGAGGUGCUAGCACAGUACAAAGGGCUCAAAGAAAAAGCUCUUAAGGACGACCAGCCCUACAUACUCCGUGCUUACGCCCAACGGACCUAUCCUGAAGCACGCAACCAGGGGUUCUCCAUCUGUGCACACACAUCCUUUGCCUCGCUGGAAGACUUCGAAUACUAUGACAAGGAGUGUGCAGUACAUAAAGCAUUGAAGGCGGUCGUUGGACCAAAGCAGUCGGGCAUGAUGAUGAUGUACAUGGAUGCAACACCAGAGAGCCGCGGAUCGUAGCGUGCGUAGUAUUGCACCUCAAUAUGCACAUUGGUAUCCAGGAGGUCUGUGUAGGAUGGGCUUUUGAUACACCCGCCCUGAGAAUUUGUGAAUUGAGAUACAGUCUCGCUCAGAACGCUCCUUUAGCCUCGAAAUAACCUCUGAUUUUAUCGGCCUGCCCAAGUGGAAUAACAAAGACUGGAUGGACCGGCUUAAGCAGAUCCUUCUCGUCCCAGCACCAUUGCUCGUCAGUUGCCGGGCAGGUUUCCAGUACGCCAUUGCUAUUCGAAUCUUGAAUGGUCCAGCUGAAAGCUGCUGACAACGGAGCGUUGGCGAAUGGAUUAAGUUCAGAUGGCCUAUAGACGUACUGAAACUGAGCAGCGCAUAGACCAGCUAGGUUGUAGCAGGUAUGAUAUGCAUCCGGA